CUACCAGUACUAUAUAAGCAUAAUAAGGUUUCGUUUUAGCUGCAGUUCUACUUAAAAUAAUUUUUAGAACACUUAUGAUGAAACUGAAAGAAAGAGAAGAUGUUGAACAAAUGGUGGCUAAGAAAGAAAUUGAAAAGAUGGAUGAACCAGUUAGUUACUUGUUUAUAGUACUGUUUUACUUUUUAGGAACUGCCUGUUUUGUACCACAACAUUUUUACGUUACAGCAAAUGAGUACUGGAUGUACAAAUUUAGGGACACUAAUCAGAUAUUUAAUCAAACAGAGUCUUCGAAAACAAGCUUGCAAAAAAAUUUCACCGCCUAUACGGGAAUCGUUGGUAAUGCAGGCAUGGUUCUGUUCUUGUUCGUAACGCUGUUUAUUCAUAAGAAAAUUUCGGUUUAUAAAAGAAUCCUGGGAAGUAUGACCUCGUUGCUGUUGCUCUUUGCUAUCACACUGAUCUUUAUAUUUGUGGAUACAGACUCGUGGCAAACAGGGUUUUUCGUCAUUGCCGUAGGAGUGUCAGCUCUUCUCAGUUCUAGUGGUUCCGUUCUCCUGGUCUCACUCUUCCAACUGGCGUAUCGGUUUCCUCCAAGGUGCCUGGCUGCUCAACUGGCGGGCCAGUCACUAUGCGGGAUAGUGGGUGCACUGGUGCAAGUUCUUGCCUUGCUGGCUGCACCCACAGUCGAAGGAACCGCCAGUUUGUAUUAUGCGAUUGCAACUGCAACGAUUGCAGGCCCAAUGAUUGCAUUCAUAAUAGCUUCUAAAAAGUCCGACCUCUUGCGGAGCAAGCUGAUAAAGAAGCCAGAAGAAGAAAAAAAAACACCCAGGACCGGUAUAAAAUUUAAUUUUGGUUUGAUGAAAACGUUAUUAAGAAAGAUGGGACUGCUUAUCGCCUCGCUUGUUUUCUGCGUAUGUGCUACGGGAAUUUUGAAUCCUGGACUCACCGUUUUAAUUGAAUCUUCUGGAAAGGGGACUAACACUUGGAGCGAUACCUACUUCAUACCCGUGUGUGUAUUCCUGAUAUUCAAUUUAUUUGAAUUUCUAGGUAGAGAACUUUCCAAUCACAUCCCAUUGUUGAAAAACAUUUAUGUCAUCUUUGGAACAGCUUUUCUACGACUGGCCUUAUUGCCACUAAUACUGUUAUGUAAUCUCCAACCUAAAAGUAAUUUACCUGUUGUGUUCCACGAAGAUGCUUACUUUAUAGUUUUCAUGAUUCUUCUGGCAACUACUAGUGGUUACAUACUGAAUAUAUCCAUAGUCGUACUGCCAAUAAAUGCCGAAGAAAGGAGUUUGGGCAUGGUCGUAAUCGUCUUGGUUAUGAUUAUAUUUGUAACAUUAACUUCCUUUCUAGGAGGAGUGGUUGUUAACUUAAUUUAAAAAAAUGUAUUUGUAUAUUACUGUGUAUUAAAUAUUUUAGACUAUUAAUUAUUUUAGGUAAAAUG